GCUGAUCAAUGUUUAAAAACUGUUCAAAUACCUGGAAAUUAAAGCAAAUCAUACUUUUUUUUAAAGACAAAAUAAUUCAUUUGAUAAAGGAAAAACGUUGGUUUUCUUAGUAAUCUAUGAAAUCUUGUUACAUGUCAUCCACUUAGAACCUAAUUUUCAAAAUGCCUAAAAAGAAUUUGUGCCAAUAUGGUCUCUGGCGUCAAGGUGACCCCCAUAGGGACAAUCUCUUUUAGUGGAUGAUACAGCUGUAAAGUUAUCUAAACAUUUUUUGCAGUCUAUCUGUAUUUGCAGCUGGUAAUAUUCUUUGAAUUGCACAGGUUUAUAUUUUGUGUAUAGUAUUGCACUUUGUACCUAAGUUUAUCUUGAGGUUUUAAGAGACCCAUUUUACUUCGAGGCGUCCUGAAUUUUGUGGACAAGUGUUAUAUGCAAAAAAAAAAUGUUCUCUGGUCGAAUAAAUUUAGGAAAUGUUAAACAACACAAAGUUUCUUUACUGCAUAACUUUCCAGAACUUUUAAUAUGCUAAUAUGCUUGAUAACUCAACAUUUCCAAACUUAUUUGACCAAGGAAAAUAUUGGGAGCAAGUGCUCUGUGAAUCACAUUUAGGGAAAUGGUGUCCCAUUCAACCUGUGGCUUUGAGAGACUUUGAAUCCAUCUUGCUCAGCCUUUGCUUUUCUCUGCUGAGGAUGUGGUUAGUCAACAACGUUCACGUGGUGAUUUGUCUGCCCCUUGAUCACUGCAGUUCUCCUCCCUAGGCCUUCAUGCUGUGUGAAUGGUACCCAAGUCCAGAGGGCGCUGAGGGUUGUCCCCAGGCUCAUCUUACUGAGGACAACAUGUUAACCUUUGGGGUAGAGCAGCACAUACCACUGCCCUUCUGAGAAUAUUUUGUAGUGAUUCAUAGGAACUCCAAACAUUAUCUCCAGUCUGUCUGCCCUGUCUUCUGCUUGAAUUAUUUCAUUUUAAUAAUAUCAGUAUAAAGAAUGAAAGAAUAAAGUUUUGUUUUUAUUCAAAAGCAAUUUAAAUAUCAACAUGAUGAUUGUUGCUAGGACCUAUGUAUAAAUUUGAAAUGGUCCUGAAACCCUUAAUGCUUGGCUUCUACUUUUUUAAAAAAAAUUGCUGGCUACAACUAUGCCUUUUGUGCUCAGAUUCAAUAUAUUUAUUUGAUAUAACUAAUUUGAUAUAAACUAAUUUAGUAUAAAUUUAUAUAUUAAUACAUAACUUGACAUACUAAUAUAUUUCCCAUAUUAAUUUAUUUUCAUAUAUUUACUGGAUUUUUGUUUGGAUCACUUCUUUCCAAAGCUCUGGGGAGAAGGGAAGGUAGAACAAUGAUAUCCGCUAAAUAGAAAAAAUGGCUUAAAAUAAUGAGCCUGAAAUGAGUAUUUGGGGGAAGUUUGCUGGUUCUUGCUGGAAUUGGUGAGAGAUAGGAUGUAGCAACUGAAGAAAGAGAAGAAACCCACAGUAACUUCUAAAUUUUGAGUGUGUAAAAUCAGAAGAGGCGUUGGUUAAGGAUGAGUUUGAAAUGAGAGCAUAUCCGUGUGAAAGCAGGUGCCAAUGCCAGGCUUAGAGUCACAGCUACUCAAGGCAGAAUAGGUGAAGCAAAUGUGAUGCUUUUAAAUUAUUCACCAAAUCAGUUCACUUCUUAAGUCUGUAAGAGUUUUGUUUUGUUUUUUCUACUUUCCUUUUAGGAAAGCCAAACUGGUUACAAAAAAUAUCAGACUCAGGUAGUUAUCCUUGAAAAAAAAGGACUUGUUUUGCUUGAUUUAUAUCUCUGGCUUUUUCUUAUUCUAUCUCCUGGUUAGGCCAUCUGGUUUGCUCUGCACAGUCUCACUUCGAAGGAUUCUACCAACCUCCUGAGCUAUGCUGUAUUCUCUUUCCCACUCAGUGGCUACCUGAUGAGAAUAGGAGGCCUGUGUUUUGUGAGACAAAUCCCCCAUGCCACAAACAAGAGGCGUGUUUGUCUCUUUGAAAGGUAGAAAUAUGUGAAACUGCAGGGCCAUGAGCAGAGUCCAAAAGAUUCAUUCAUGAAAAGUACAUGUUAAGUUAUUGUGAGGUCCUGAAAUGAGUUUCAGGGCUGAGUAGAGGUGUGCUUCCUUUACACCUCUCAAAGUGCAGAGGGGCUUUUCUGGCUUAGGAAAUAAAAAUUUAAACCUAUGUCUGUAUGGGAAAAUGAGCUCCUACAACAUCCUGCAGCAUUAUUAAAAUGAAACAAAGAUCUAGAUGAAUAAUUAUCAUUGGCUCUCACACAGUUUAAAAUCACCAUGAUCCCCACAGUUGCUUGUAGCUCAGAAAUUCCAUGAAGUUGCCCUAAAUAUUUUUCCUAACAUAAAAAUCCCCUUUUGGAAAUGUCUUGUUACUAUAAGUAACCUUUCUUAGUAGACUGAUAAACUCUUAAUUUCAGUUUAGAAAACCAUGCAGAUGACUCAAUCUUUUUAAAAAAUAGAAACUGCUUGGAAGUGGCUUUUCCCUGGGGAAUAUGGCGUGCAUGUGUCUGUUUUAUUGCCUUCUUGACAAAAUAAUGUGCUCUUAGGCAUGCUCUUGUGCAUUUUCUAUCACUAACUAUAUUUUGCCAGACACUGUUUUGUGAAUGCAAAGAAUGGGUGAGACCAGUGCCCAGCGUCUUGUAGUGCUCCUUCUAUACGCCCACAGAACUUAUCUAGAGUCCUUGAGUGUUUUGUAGCCAAUAGCAUUACCUUGAGGCUCUGCCUGAGUAUCACUCAUUGUCACUUUCAGCCUUGCAGAAAGCAGAUGUCCUUGGUUCUAAUCAGGCUAUGCAAAUAGACAUGUAUGAGUUUUGGUUCUUGCUAGUCCCAAGUCACCUUGCUCAGUGGUGAGUUCAUCCAAACCCAGAAAGUCACACCUGUGUCCUGUGCACGGGUGCUGCAGGCUUAGGUGGAGAAAAGCAGGGAUAAAGUUGGAACCCAAAGCCCAGAAUGGCAGGAGAGGAUGUGGGGGCUCCACCCGAUCACCUCUGGGUUCACCAAGAGGGUAUCUACCGCGACGAAUACCAGCGCACAUGGGUGGCCGUCGUGGAAGAGGAGACGAGUUUCCUAAGGGCACGAGUCCAGCAAGUUCAGGUUCCCUUAGGUGACGCAGCCAGGCCAAGUCACCUUCUUACCUCCCAGCUACCUCUUAUGUGGCAACUCUACCCAGAGGAGCGCUACAUGGAUAACAACUCUCGCUUGUGGCAGAUACAGCAUCAUUUAAUGGUCAGGGGAGUACAGGAGCUGUUGCUUAAGCUUUUGCCUGAUGAUUAACCUGGUGCUGGGAUUCUAGGAAGAUAUGCUCCUCUGUUCUGUUCAGUAUAUGGCAAUCUCUUCAUCCACCUCUGCAGUGCACCCACUCUUGGGCCUGGGGGGAGGGAGUGGGUUGAAAACUGCUCGAGAACACAGACGUUUAGGAAGGGUCAUGAAGAACACUGCAAGUGACACUGAAGAGAGAGAGUUACACGGGCAGAAAGUGAGUCAACAAAAGCACUUAGUCAGGACACAUAACUUGAAGUUGACUCCUUUGGAAAUUGCCAUAGAACCUUUAAUGGACAUCACCGGCUGGAACUGGGGUCUGAUGAAUCCCACAAAAGUCAGCACGUGCUACAGAACAGAUGCCCUGAUCACCAAGGACUUGGUACUGAUUUAGAGAGAAGAGAGCAGCUCCUAGCAGCA